AUGCGUGUGAACCUCAACAGUCUGCAUUUGCUGCUAAUGUGCAUUAGUCUCUGGACAGCUGCAGCGUUGCAUGAAAUAAAUGCAGAGGCUCAAUCACUGUUGGAUGCGGACUCAGAUACAAAUACAGAUGCGGAUGCAGAUGCUCCGCAUAUACGCAAAAAGCGACUCGUUUGGAUAACGGACGAUGGACGUUUGGCCUUGCCGCCGGGCACCUCGCUAACAUUUACACCCACAAUUGCGAUGCCCUUGGUGCGACAUCCGCCAGAAGGCUUCUUCUCAAACUUGACCAUCAGUUUUCCCCUUACAAUUGACUUUGACAAGCUGGGGCUGACGGACAAUCAGAAUCCAUUGGGUGAUUUACCGUUCUUGGCUCGCUCCUUUGGCCAUGAUGCCGGCCAAAUGGUUGGCCAGUAUGUGGCACGUUAUUUGCACGUGCAGCGACGCAAACGUGAUCUGAGCGAGCAGCGCAGUAGCAGCGAUAAUCCGCAUGAGGUGCACGAGGAUCUGCUGCAGUAUCCAGAACUACCAGCUGGUCUCAAGCACAUCUUUCAUGGUGGUGAGCGGGUGCUGCUCUAUGGCGUUGUGGAGGACUUUUUGGCCACCUUUGGCCUGGAUGGCAAGGCGUGUAUGCUGCGCACCAUCUGCGAGAUGCACGCGAGGAGCUUGGAGAAGUUUGGCGUCUUCGGGGAGCUGACCAAGUUGUUUUUAACGGUAACCAAGUCGCCGUUUGCGGAGCUAAUACCCGAAUAUGUGCGGGCGCAGCGUGUGGGAGAGGGCAAGCAAGCACCCGGAGAAUGUUUUCCCUACUACAAGGCAUGUCCCAAGAGCAUAUUCAAAGCGCUUACCAACAAAUAUACAGCACAAGCAUACAAAAAAUCCACCGCAACAACAAAAACAACAACAACCACCCGACCAGUGGGUGAAUACCAUGAGCAGCAGGCGGUGCUGUUGCCCAACAGUGCGGAAGAGGUAGAGGAACAACCAACACAGGAUAAGAAACUGAUCCUCAGUACGGUUUAUAUGUAA